UUAUAAGCCAUGGCUAGCAUACAGUCUGAACCAAUUCACAGGCGACCAACCAAUCGAUACUGCCGCCACAAGAUGGCGACACCAUCUUUGCAAAAAAGCAGCAGUGAAACAAGCAGCACAAAAAGUAACAGCAACAGCAGCGCAACAACAACAAGUAGGAGACAAAAGACAGCAGCGGGAAUGCUAACGAUAGAUGACAAGGCGCAGGCUUGUGACCCGCUGAACAAAGGUACGUUGAAAAAGCAAGGAGCCGAUGCGUACACGGUGCAUUCGACCGGAAUCAUCAAGAUGAUGCGAAAACGAAGUAGCGAACCUGUCGAAUUCUGUGCGGAUGCGGGCUUCGGUGGCUGCGGUAGCGGCAGCGGCGUGGUCGCUAAACGCAAGUUUACGGCCCACUUGAAGUUUGCAGACAUUGACGCUGCCAUGCUUCAGUGGGUUUUGGAGAAGACCUCCGAAAAGGUACCGCUCUCUGACAGUGCCAUACAGGCGAAAGCCAAACAACUUGCACAGGUCCUGGGCACUACGGACUUCAAAGCGUCCAAUGGCUGGCUGUACAAGUUCAAGGAGAGGCACGGUUUCGCGCUCAAGAGCGGUUCCAAAGAGGAGGGAAGUCGCAGCACGCUUGAGGACAUGGGUGCAGGAGUCUGCGGUCUAGGGAACUAUCAUCACGCGCUUCUCGACCACGAUCCGGUCCGUGUUUACAGCUGCUGCGAAACGUCCAUACUUUACAAAAGAGCGCCAUUCGGCAACGGCUGUGAACCAAGCCCCGAAAGCUGUUCGCCGGACGAUCGGCUGACAGUGCUGCUGUGCUGCAACGCCAGUGGUACGCACAAGAUCAAACCGCUGGUUAUCAAUAGCCAGCGGGAGACUCAGGAGGUGCGUGAGAACAUGUCCAAGUUGCCUGUUACUUAUGCCUGGCAACGAUCAUCUUUUAUGACGAGCACCAUCUUCCAGCAGUGGCUCUGGGAGUUCGAGAAGCAGGUGGAACACAACUCCGUGCUUAUCCUCGAUACGUGCCCUGCUCAUGUGAGCGUCCAGUCAGACCGCGUCAAACUGUUGUACGUGCAGUCCAAUAUGCGCGAGCUGCAGCCUCUGUACGGAGGCGUCCUGAAUGUUUUCAAAUGCAAGUACAGGGCUGACCUGGUGGUUCACUAUCUCAAUUUCCCCGACCUGAGCAAUCGUAUCUCCAUUCUGGAUGCCCUGCUCUUGCUGGGUGAGGCCUGGAGCCACGUUCCGCGAGAGACCAUCGUCAAUUGCUGGGUGCGUUCGCAGCUGCUGCCAGUUCGCAUGUGUGCUGGUCGCUCGCAGAAUGGCGAUAGUGACCCCAUGGAUCAGCUGUGCUCAUCACUUAUGAAAGUGCGCCCCGACAUUACGCGUAAGGACGUUGAAGACUACCUGCACUGCGAUGACUCAUGCUCCACAACAUACAGUUUCAGCGAGGAGGCCAUUGAAUGCGCAAAGCCAGGCAUCACCGAGGCACCUCCCCACUCACAGUAUCAGCAUGGUGGCUGCCCUACCAACCUACGUCCUGGUGAAAUACUGGGUAUGCUUGACAAAAUGGAGCAUUUCUUCACCCACCAGGCACUGACCAGUACUACUGACUUGCUGGCCAUUCACAGCCUUCGAAGUAAAACUAUACAGAUAGCCAGCAAUGACUUUCAGACUGAGUGAUUCACUGUCUUCCUUCCUUUAUGGUAUAGCCAACUUGUUUUUCAAUAAGGUAGCUGAAAUUAAAUAGAAUAGACUGUGCAAAUAUGCCAGGUCCCCUUGGCACUUAGCAUUUCUCAAUACCCCACUGAAAGUCACCUGUACUUGCUGACGCAUGCAGGUGGCACUUAGCAUUAAUUUUGCAGAUGGCUUACAUGUGGCUUCACACAAACCAUACUGGAACACCAUGUGGCAUCACUACUAGGCUGGAUAUAAUGUGUUGCUUGUGAUGCCCAUGGUCUUCCAACAUGGCAGCUGUGACAUCAGUGCAAAUGAUUGUCACUCCUGUUGGCAAGCAGGCACCCCGUUCCAACCAUAGAGCCGGUGUUCAUCGUAGUCAGGGCAGUGUCAAUACCUGAUUUAUAUUGCAUAGUAAAUAUGCAGCUAUACAUUAUCUAGGCCCCAUGAUGAGCUUGUUCCUUCAAGGGACACCAAAACCAUUGAAAACUGCACUCAAAUGACACAAUCGCAUAUUAACUCCAUCCACCUGUAAAAUGAUGUAAAAGCAAAAGAUGUUCUGAGCAACUGAAAGAAGGAAGCAGUAGUGGCAUGAUUUGAUAUUUCUGUUAUUUCUGUAAGUGAACAUUUAAUGUGUCUGCUUUUUGGGUGGUCAUGUCUUGGCAGGUAAGACCACGGAGGCUAUGCAAUGCAUGAAGAAAGAAAGGAAAGCUGUCAUGAAAUUGCACUAUAAUGCUUUAAGAACUUCAAGGGGUACAGGCACUAAUGUUUUUCUAUGCCUCAUUCCAGUCUUGCAUGUUUGGUGCACUUGGUCACCUAAUCUAAAGAAGUCCAUCUGCCGACAGUGCGAGCACUUGCUGUAGCCACAUACUUCUAGCAAGCCUACCGCUAAGAGUAAUUCACUACUGUUUAUUCAGCUAUUCAUUUUUCUGGUAUGGCCUUUUGUAUGGGCAAAUAUAGUGGUGCUACCCUAGCCAUAGCUUCCACUGUAUUUCGUGCACUCGUGGUUUGCAAGCUAAGUAAUCUUGAUGAUUUCAUGGCUGCCAUGUACAGCAUCUGUUCUGCUUGUACCAACAGCUAGCUCAUCAAAUGUUGUGAAUAAGUUAGAUGCGUUUUACACUUGCUACUAUGAGCACUUCUUUGGUGGCACCAAGUAAACAGCCGCAGUUUUAUUGAAUUUCACACAACAGUUGCGAGUCUCUCAUGCGUAAACAAAUUGUCAUCGGGCUCCCACGUAUUGUGUUCCUACUCAAUACGAUGUUACCCCAUUAUGCUCCUGCAUCUUGUGUUUCCUUUUGAGGAGGGCACUGACCUAAAUUAAGAAGCAGGCACAGUUUACUACACAAAUGCGUAGGAAGUUUUGAUGGGUCAAAGGGUACACAUGUACAAGCUUCUCAGUGGUAUGCUGGCUUCUGGCAUCCUGACAUUGCCAUCAAGGAUGAUGAUAACCAACGUAGCGCUCAAAGCAUGGAAAGCCUCGGAGCACAUGACUGUCAGCUUUGAUAAUGGAGACGAUGGAUGCAAGAUAUUUUCAACACUGUGAAUCCUAUAAUUUUUUUUUAAAGCAUAGAACGAGUUUUAUGAACUAAACCAUUUGCAAAGUAAAAGUGCACUGCUUUAACUCAUUUUGAUGGUUACCUUGCUUUUACAUUUUCUUGUCCAUUACUUCUUUUCCAUGGUCAACUGAAGCACAUAGCGUGUUUCUCUUUUACUAAUAUCACUGGAGGCAAUGGCUCCAUCGUGAAUAGCCUUAUUGGAGUCUGCAGAGUUGCAUAAAGAAAUGGUGUUAAAUUACUUUUCUUUUUCACACAUGAUUGUAGAUUAAGAAAAAAAUUGCCACAAGAUGAACUCCUUUUUUUUUUUUUUCCAAGGAUGAAGGCCUAGCUGGUGCCUGUACCCCUCAGUAUGUUAGCUCCAGGUAUUUUACUGCAACCAUUGUAGGGAAGUGUACUGUAUGAGUGGAUAAUGCAGUAGGCAGUCAUUUAGCAUGCCGAAGCUACAUACACAUUGUACCGAGCAUGCUCUUAAAAAGCAUGUACCAGUCACUUACUCAUUUGAAUGUUAAUCUCAGUACCCUGAAUCCUUUUUCCAAAUUUUGACUCGUUACUCUUGUCUUUGUUGCCCUUCUUAUUUCACUGAUUCUUAACAUCAUUCCAAAUGUUGAGUAUUGUAUUUAGGAAGUAGAAAAGCAACUGUUCAAGGCAUUUGCACGUCAUUUUCUUUUAAUAUUUUUUAAUGAGCAUUUCAGCUAGGUAUCAAUGCCAGGACCAUGCCACUAAGUAUUAUUUUUGUAGUCCCUGUUUUAAGUUCCUAUUGUUUACACCACUGAGUUGUCACUCCUAUAAGCAUAUGUAUUUUACAUUCACAUUGUCUGUUCCCUUCCAUGUCCAUUUUGUAUUUGUUCCUAUGUAUGUUUGAAAAAUGACUAUUGUGCACAUUUGUGCUUUUGUGGCAUUAUACAACGUUCCUCAUUUUACUGUCGUUUUUGCGCAAUCAUGUUCUUCAUUGUACUGAUGAGCAUUCUUUUUGUUGAACCACUUUUUUUCAUGUGUGAAUUAUUAUUUUACGUGUUUAAAAUUACUUUCACUGUGUAAUCCAGGGAAAACAGGGGAAGGUGGGAGGGGGAAAUUCAAGACGACAAGCAGAACAAGAACAAGGUGAAAGCGGGAGCCAGCAUUUCAACGAGUGGACUUGUCGAAACAUUGGCUCCCGGUUUCACUCUGUUCUUGUUUCAUUGUGUAAAGCAUACGACCCUGUACACAAGGAUGCAUGUUGCAGAUUGCAAGACUGCUUAAUGAUAGUGCAGCGAGAUGCUAUGAUUGCUUCAUUGCAUGUUUGCGAGAGAUACACAAAUGGCAGGCACAAUGUAACGAAGCAUAUUGCUUGGAAACUGUAUAUAAUAUAAUGAAUGACCUAAAUAACAAAUCUAUGCAGGAACACAGACAACAUUGUAGCAUUACCAGGCACCAAUGCAUAACAGAGAAGUCAAGCAAAAGUGUCAUGCCAGUAGCAUCUUAUGUGCUUGCAGUUUUUAAUACAGAAUUUACAGCAUUUAGAAAGUAGUUAUCUAUGCAGUUUUAUGUGUUGUUUUUACCCAUACAAAUUUACAUGAUCUGUGGGUACAACCUGGUAUGCUGAGCUACACUGAACAUCGAAAGAAACAUUGAACCUGUUUAAUGCUCUUGCAUCGUGCAACAACACAUGCUAGUUUUUAGAGUAGCUUUUUGCAGCAGGCACACCUAGUGCCUCUAAAGGACUGUCCAGAAUCGUGACUUGCACAUAUCAUCUUAUCAAUGACAAGGUUUACCCCGUUUCUUUUUGCAGGAACAUAUCACAGAUAUGACUAAAUUUGAGCUCAGUGUGCUUACAUGUAUCAAAGAAUGCUUGUUGCAUCUAUCCUACUAAUCGCCCUCCUGCAUUUUAAUUCAUGUGGUGACAUAUACUGUACUUGAAAUCAUAUGCAGAGGUAAGUUCCAUUUACUUUGUACAAUGUGAAAAUUUUCUAGCUAUGGUGCUGGAUCACCCAUUGAACAGGCACCAGCUAGGGUGCAGAUGCUGCUUUGUGUGCUGUGCUAAUCAGCACACUGCUAUUUUGUGCACGAUCUACAAGAGUGAAAUUACGUGAACGGGAUGUUUUGCUUUCUUUAGCAGUCACGUAUGCAUUCACAGGCCAUCUUUCUCAUGUUGCACUUUUGUGUUACAUACUUGUAGUGUUUCAAAUGCACCAAAAAUUUUACUAUUAUUCACUUGGAGGUCACAGAAGGUUUUUCAUACAUGUCAUAGCUGUCACAAUUUUUUUACACUCUUGUCAUCUGUGGUUAUUGUGCCUGAGCAUUGAUUUUGAAGCAGGAAUAUUUUCCUGUAGAAGAUUUUUUUGUGCAAAUGAUUGUACAUUAUGCAUUGUGUUUGGUGUAUGGAUAGGAAAAGCCGAGUCACAUGUUUUGUUUUUUUAUGCGAGCAUUUUUUCAUUUUGAAUCCGCUCAUUGUUACCUGGUUGCUGCUACCAAAGAAGUGGUUACACACUACCGGGACACGAAUGGGCAUACCUUUAACUUUACACUAAAACUUUUUAACACAUGUUGUAUUCAUGCGUAUUUUGCAUUGUUGACUUAGCACAUCACUAUAAACAUUGCAAAAUUUAGUUUGUUGCGAGACAUGUUCAAUGCAAACUUAUGCCGUGCUGUUUGUACAAAAAAUAUGUGGCUACAUAACAUGCCAAGCAUGUAUUUACAGAUACAGAGCCAAAUCAAAACCUUGUCUGAACGCUAUAGAUGUGCAGACCUUAUGCUUUCCUAUUGAGUUGUGCUUUUGGUGUGUAGUAGAGCCAAACAUUGUUGUCAGGUGCAAUGGGAGAGAAUGCUUUGUGGGGUAUGGAUAAACCCUCUGCUCCAAGUUUUCUUUUGCACAAUUUGCUUCGCAACACUCUUCGUAGCUCAGAAAGCACAGGAGCAUCAGAUGUUAAAUUUGGCUCCAUCAUUAUUGAUGGACAAUAUAAAACUUUCUGAAUGCGGAAUUGGAGUCUCUAUCUUAAGCUGUUGAGCUGUUAUUUGGUGAUAGACAUUUAGCUUUAUUACGUUUUCAUUGUGCACUGCACCCAUAAGAGCCACUAAAAUAUAUUUUUGAACAGAAACAUGAAGCUAAACGUCAGACCGGACAGUGAUGUGCACGCAGUUGCAUGCCAGUAAUAUUACUAACGUAAUAAACAUUGCCUGUGUUUUGGAGGACUACAGCUAGAAGGCUAUUUUUACCAUCCGAAUGUACUCAACAUGUAAUAAUAUUCACCUAUAUUUAACAUGCACCCAACACGUGAAGAAAUAAAGUGUUUAGUCGAGAUAUCUUUCAUACUGCAAAUCUUGAGUUCAGUAUCUCGGCAGGUGAUGCAACAGGAACGAAUUUUACUCUCACCACCUUUGUAAUCGAACAAAUGCAUCACAUUUUACCCUCGAUAAAGUAGCAUCUAUGUUAACAUGUGAAAGUUGGUGUACAUUCCAAAAGAUGCACUCCCAGCCACACUGACACCUAGCUGCUUCUGAACUUGAAACAAGUUGUAUAAAUGUUGUUGAGAAGCAGUCCCAGCUUCCUGCCUUUUCUUUUUUUUUUGCUUUGGCCUUCUUGUCAUACCCCCAGUAGCUGCUCACUUACGCAGCACAACAAAGAUGAAUCAAAGUUCUGAGCUUUGGAUAAAAACCUCUGGCCUUAGCACGAUAAGCAAACGGUUUGCCAGUAGAGUUGCUGUGAAUUAUAGAGUGCUUGUGAGUCUUGAUACAGCUAUAUUGUAAUGCUGUGCUUGCAGAAAGUAAUGAGUAAGUAAUGGCUUUAGAAAGCUUGUACUUUGAUGUGGUAGGUGAGAGUGGUUUGUUAGAAGUCGACAUAACUUGUAACUGUAGGACAUUUAGCAGCUGGAAAAUGUGUGCCAAAUUGUUUCGUGGCGUUUGGGUACAACUUACCAUUCCUAGCCAUGCAUAUUUUAUGCAGAUUGUACUGUACAUAGCAGUCAUUGCCUACCGUAGUUUGUGAAGCUUAUAUAAUUCUAUGCAUAGCCUAGUUCUCUGUCACAUACAUGUUAAUUUUGUUUGCCUUGUGCAUCUUUUACUGGCCUGCUUGUCGGGAACCUCGUACAAGCAGUCACACAGUCUGCCCUUGUCCUCUGUUCCCUGUCUGCAUUGUUGUGCUUCUUCUGCACUAGAACAGAAAUGCUUUAAUCAAGUGUGUUCACUGCAUGGAGUACUUUGUCUUAUGCGCAUUUUAUUUUGAUGUGUCUUUAGCUGAUAAUAUUGAUGCUGGCGUAAGCAAAAACGAAAAAAUAACCCUUUGCUUAACCCUACAAAGCCCAACAUAUCAUUGUUGAUAUGCCGAGAUUGAUGCCUCAAUAUUCUGAUUUAUGCAAGUGAAAUUUACUGCAAAGCCCAUAAUUGCAUUUUUAAUAUGAUGGAGCAAGGUCUUAGUUGGGGAAAUCUCAUCAAACUAUAUACAAGGAAUUAUUCUAAUUCUUAACUGAGAUACUUUUUUUUCUCUUUUUCAUUUUUACAAAUGCACUCAUAAUCAGAAAUGCAAAUGAACAAGUUCUAAUUUUCUUUAGUGUAGAAUGGCGUUUGGCCUUUCUGGGGUUAAGCUAUUGGAACUCCUCUGCUUUGCAAGUCAGCAAAAUGUGUCAGUGAAAUAUGGUUACAAAACAAUACUGCUUAUAUAUAAAAUGAGCUUUAUUAACUUUUAAUUGUUGUUUGAAAUAAGAAGUGAGCCGCCAAUCAAAUCUUUUGGGCAAUUUUUUUUUACUGAUAUUUAUUUGCUACAGCUAGUUUUGGUAGUUGCUGUCAUCCAGGCAGCCUUGUAUGAAAAACAAAGUGCUAGUUCUUGUCCGUAGCUGUUGAGCUUGAGUGAUAGACUGGUAGCUACAUUGAACCCACGAAGGCCUGCCUUUUGAUGCUGGGCAUCAACACAACAUAUGCAAUUUAAUACUUUUUAAUAAAAGCCAUUUCAUGCAACAGCUGUAUGCAAACAGAACAGAAGGAUCUGCUGCUUUGUUUGUGUUGUUGCGACAGCAGCUUGGUAAACAAGUUGGCGUUCACACAUUCAAAGUGUUGGAGUUUCGGAGACUUAGUAUGCUAAGCAAUACAUCUUUACCACUGCUGAAUGCAUGAAGGCUUCAUGCAAAUGCAACAAUUCAUUAUGCUUAUUUAUACCUCUGUUCAAAGUUAAAUGAAAUAUCUCCUUUUUUCUCCUUUUUUUUUUUUUAAUCUACCCUCCUGAAACACGUACAGGGCUAUACACUCUUGGGAGGAACAUCUCAUGGUGUUCAGUCAGAUAUAAAGUUGGGAUUUCUUUCAUGUUAUGACAGAUAAAGUCACCAGUAUGAGGUCUUCAGUUAUUAUCUACUAAUAAAAGAUUAGUAAGCACUUAGUCAUGUCAAAUUUAGGCUUUUAUGGACACUUGAAUGUUUUUAUAAGGCGUAUUCAAUAAUGUCCCUUUACUGCUUGGAAAAUAAUUUUGCAGGAACUUUAUUUACUUGCACGGAAUGUACAACUUGUCAAAUAUUCCCCAUUGUUUCUGACUUUGUGGCAUUAUUAAGGCGCUCUUUAAAGAAAAACGUGAAAAUUAUUGUGGAUAAUGCUUUAUCAAUGUUUUUGUACCCUCUGUUCUACAGGCAUCUUUUGCAUCUUAAUAUUACUCUUGCAAUGUAGUGCUUAUUCUUGCUGAUAAACAUUUCUUUAUGAUAUUACUGUGAUUAUUGGUCUACAAAUCUGUUUCUGCAGAAGAGUUCUAAGCUAGGCUAGUUGGUUCAUGAUGAACAUAGCGAAUAGUGUAAGUGACGGGACUAAUGAUAGAGACAAGUGUGGGAAUUAUGCCAUGUUUCAAAUUUUUUCUCCAAGUUGGUGGAAGUGUAAUUUAAAACUGGGAUUAGCACAGUGCUCUUGUACUUCUGCUUAAGAAAAGAUUAGCAGAAGCCAGAUACAAGAGUUCUUGAAAGCUGCAUGCAUGCUUCAAAAAAGCACAGAUCCCGUUCAAGACCUUGCCUGCUCAACUAGGCACACAGCCUCAGCUAGGAAGCUUGCACAGCCACCAAAGAGCUGCAAGAAUUAUGCGAUAGUUCACCGAUAUGCUCCUUGCUAUCGAGUUUUCUUGGCUGCACCGUCACUAGCAAAGCCUAGCUGUUCAUGAAAUAGCGAACUAAUUGUAUUACCACUAUUUUGGUCAUAGUCAAACAUUUAGUGACCUUGAACAUAUAAACAAUAUAAAUCUUCAAUGAUGCGAGCCGUUCCAUGACUCAUUCAAUUUUGACAGCAUACGAAUCUUGCUCUUUGCUAGCUUUCUUUCCUUGUUUUCUUGCUUUCUUUGCACUAUUUAUUACCUGUAAGGUGGUUCAUGUUUAUCACUAUGCAGCACCAACUGUACAUGCAGAAAACUUAGCAUCACGAUGUAGCAAAGUUAAGGUAAAUGGCCCCUUCUCAAGUACAGGCACCUUUGUACCCCGUUUUUACUAUGGUUCAGCUGAAGGCAAAAAGGGAGGUUCAUUAACCGCAGUGUUAGCUGAUGCCUGUGCCAUGGCCGCUGGAUUAAAAAAAAAAAAAAAAAGAAGAAGAAAGGGUGUGGCCUGCCAUGUCGGGCAGGCUGCAAUGGGAGCGAACAUGACAGCUGUAGUUGCAUUUUCGGCCGCUUGGUUGGGCCGAAUGGCACUAGUUGCAGGGGGUAGGAUGUGUCAGGUGACGGCAUUCCAAGUGCGUUUUUGAUGCAUUUUCUAUGCUGAUCCCAGACAAACAGUCCCAGCUGGUGGUGCCGCGGCAAAGGACACCGUUUUCUAUGCAUGCGACAGGCCUGUGCACUAGCGGCUGUGCCUGUGCACUCCCUCCUAGUGCGUGCUUUGCUGGGGGCACUAGCUGAAGCAUCGGCAAGCAUUCAUGCUUCUUCUUUCAGAACCCCAGCUGUGACCAAACAUACUUCAAAACCUUGAGUUUCCAGAAGUGCAAGUUUCCUAGUGCACUCCUAAUUAAAGCAUAAUCUGUCCACUUGUGUGCUUAGCUCGUGUUGUGCUUUUUGUUUUCAUAUUUGCAUGCGAGAAACUUGCACUUUCUUAUUAGGCAAGGAAGAGCUCACCCAUUUUGAUAUAAUUAUAUAAGUGGCUAAGGGAUUAUUAAUGUGUUCACAACAUACUCGUAACAGAUACAAGUGAAUGGAAAGCAUCCUAUGGUCAUAUGUGUAUUUUUAAAUGAAACAUGUAUUUUUGUUUUAUUCUUUUUAUGUAGCAAACGUUGGCAUCAAUCCUACUUACUUGUGCUGUUGUAUGCAAUAUUGUUGGCUUGCUGCUACUUUGUAAUUGGUGCGUAUUAUGUCCAAUGACAAAAAUAAAGGCACUGAGAGACA